AUGGAUCAGGAAUUAGGAGAAUUAUCUGAAAAUGACUUCAUGUUACCCCCUAUUAAAUAUGAAUAUUUAGAUCACACUGCUGAUGUACAAUUACAUGCAUGGGGUGAUAGUUUAAUUGAAGCUUUCGAGCAAUGUGGCAUGGCUAUGUUUGGAUAUAUGACAGAGCUUGCUUAUGUUGAAAUAAAACAAGUACACACAAUUGAAGCUAAUGCAGAUGAUAUGAUGGGACUCUUGUACCAUUUUCUAGAUGAGCUGUUAUUCCUCUUUUCCGCUGAACCCUUUUUAAUAUGUAGAAAAUUAAAAAUAACAGAGUUUAAUGCAGAAGAGUUUAGAAUAGUAUGCAAGUGUUAUGGUGAAGAAUUUGAGAUUGGAAAACAUCCUCAAGGGUCAGAAGUAAAGGCAAUAACGUAUUCAGCAAUGCAAAUUAUUGAUGAACCAAAAGAUAAUAAGUUUGAAGUUUUUGUUAUCAUUGAUAUUUAG